AUAGCAAAAUCUCUUGACUCAUAAAUCAAAUUUUUUAAUUUUGCAUGAAAGUGUCCACGUGCCUUGGCCCUUUUCUUCUGUUUUUCUCCUCUCUCAUUCCUUAAAACCCAAGAAAAUCGAAGAAAAACAAAACGACCAGCCUCCAAUUCCAGACAAAGAAUACCUCGUCCCCAAAAAAGAGAAAAGAAAAAAGAAAUUAUAAACAUCGAAUGAAUAUAGAUUCUAUAAUAAACUAUAAGCCACUUGGUAAAUGAAAAACCCAACAGGAAAAUAAUAUUUCUUGAAUAAAAUUAAAGAUAGAUACAGAGAGAGAGAGAGAGAGAGAGAAGAGAGAAAAAGAUUCAUCAGGAGCCCCACCUCUCGAGCUCUCUUUGAGCACCGACUCAGUUAAUUCCUCUAUCUGUGUCUCUCUCUAUCUCUUGCUAUUUAUUUGAAUUUCUUUCUCUGUUUCUUAAUUGUUUUUCUUAUGUGUGUAUAUAUCGGGGGUGUUACGGUUCAAAUCUGGUACUUAUUUUUGCCCUUUUUCUUUUUAUCUGUGAUUUCGGACUUAUCUUCUCUGCGUGCUUUGGGUGACCGGAGAUGGGUUUAUCAUAGGUUUUGGAGUUAAGGGAGUGAAUGUAUAGGAACAAAAACCCAUAAAAACCCUAGCUUUGUUUGUUUGUUUGUUUAUUUGUUUCCUCUGUAGAUUAAAUUCUUUUGCUCAAUUAAAUACCCAUUUAUGGCAUUUGAUCAGAACUAUAUCCCAAAGGAUCUAAGGCCAAUUAAUGUUGCUAGAACCAUACCUGAAGAGCCCCGCAUUGCCGCCACGUCAGCAAUAGCGGUGGCUUCCACUGCUACUGGUGCUCCUUCUAUUGCAACAACAGCAACUAAUAGAAACCCUGAAAUUUUUGCCCACCCAGAUGGGUCGAUACCGGUAUUUUACCCUGCAAAUCUAUCUGAUGCUACAGGUUUUGUAGGCUUAGCAUAUGGGAAUCCUGCACCAGGGUGGGCCCCACGAUUGACUGUGCCGGUUGGGAGUGUAAGUGUGGCUGGUGUGAAUACCACAGGUGCUGGGUUUAGUUAUAGCCCCAAUUUGGGGAAUAGGGUUGUUACUAAUGCUGUCGAUCACGCAGCUAAUGAUAUGGUAACUGGGUUGGGUGGUUCUCCCCAUUUAGGCAAUAGGGUUGAUGCUAAUGGGAUUAGUGAGUCAGCAAGUGUGGCAUUUGGUUAUAAUCCUAAUUUGGGGAGCCAUGGUAGUGGCAGUGGGGUUGAUCAUGGGAGUGAAGAGGGUGGGGAUGAUUCAGUGCCGGGGAAGAAGGUUAAAUUUUUGUGUAGUUUUGGGGGAAAAAUCUUACCUAGGCCAAGUGAUGGUAUGUUGAGAUAUGUUGGAGGACAAACAAGGAUAAUUGGUGUGAGGAGAGAUGUGAGCUUUAAUGAGUUAGUGCAGAAGAUGAUGGAUACUUACGGGCAACCUGUGGUUAUCAAAUACCAGCUUCCUGAUGAGGAUCUUGAUGCUCUGGUAUCAGUUUCUUGUGCUGAUGAUCUUGAUAAUAUGAUGGAUGAGUAUGAGAAAUUGGUUCAGAGGGAUGGGUCAGCUAAGCUAAGGGUGUUUCUAUUCUCGGCUACGGAGCUUGAUGCAACUGGUUUGGUACAAUUUGGGGAUUUACAUGAUAGUGGACAGAGAUAUGUUGAUGCUGUAAAUGGGAUUAUGGAAGGAGCUGGCAGUGGUAUUGCUAGGAAGGAGAGUAUAACAAGUGCAACUUCAACUCAGAACUCCGACUUUAGCGGGACGGAAGCUGUUGAUAACUCAGGUCCUGGUCAGGUGGAAGUGAGUGGGGCAUCAGCAACCUCCAUGUUCUCCUCUAGCGGGAAUCAGAUGACUCCUCACGACAAUAACCCAAAUUUUUUGCCAGUGGAACCUAAUCCUCAAGUUCAUGCUGAUCCAUCUGCAGUGUCUAUGGGCAUUCCCAUGGUUAAGUCUGGUCCUCCCCAAUCUCUAUCGUCUCAACCUGAGGUUGAAUUUGAGAGAUCUAUACCUGUUACUGUACCACAACAGCACUUGGGAUAUGAUUUCCAGCAAGCUGGAAUAGGUAUUCCACCACCUGCACCACAGUUUCAGGCUUAUGCAGACCCUCGCCAGGAAAUCACAAAUCAUGCAGAUUACAUGCAUUUUCCUGCUCAUAUGAGAUUUCCAAAUGCUCAAUUAUUGGGACCUGCCGGAUCUGUAUUUUCCCAACAGCAGAUUCGCGACAAUAAUCCUGGUGUUGCUGCUCAUCCAUUUAUUCCCGCAGUGCACAUGACAAUGACAGCUGCAUCUUCUCAUGUUGCUAUAAGGCCAACCAUGGUUCAGCCAUUGGUACAACCCCAACAAAAUCAUGUGGAACGUUAUUCUGAUGAAAAUACAUUUGGAACAAGGAUCCUUCAGCUUCCUGUUGACCAAAGCUACAGUGCUUAUCAGGCCCAGCUUCCGCCUGCAAUUAUUGGAGGAGGCUAUAGCUGGCAUCCAGUUCCACAGAGAGGGCAUAUUGUCUUCUCUGAUGGAUCAGUAUCUCGCCAACAGGCAGUUUUUCCUGAGAAUGUUCAGAGAUUGGAUGACUGUAUCAUGUGUCAGAAAGCAUUGCCUCAUGCACAUUCUGAUCCUUCAGUACAGGACCCCAGAGAGAGUGGUGUAAGCCCUUUACCUGAUUCACACUCAGUUCAUCAUAGUCUCCUUUUGGGAGAUACUAUGAAAACUCAACCUUUCAGCAGCGGUAUGGUAGGUGGAAUAUUGGGGGAUGGCAUUGUUGAACAGGGUUCUGGGGCUAGAUCCACUGCCUUUAGCCUUGUUGAUCAUCAACUCGGAUUGCAACAAUCUGAGGGGGUUGUUUUCUCCCAAAAUCUAGAUUCCAUUCAUGACAAUGAGAGAAGAACUGCUGGGCAGAAAAUUGGCAAUUCCGAUCAAUCCAAGACUGCAGUUUCACAUAGUGUGAUGGGUGGACCAGGAUACAUAGAUGCAAUUCCUCAAUCUCACCUAGAAGAUACCAUCCAGCAGCAUGUGGUCCCAGGCCAAUGCCAUUUUAAUGAGGAGGCUCUACACAAACAUAAUAUUGGUGAUUUCCCUCAUUUUCCAGGUGUAAUUCAAGCUUCUGAGAAUUUGGGGCAUGAGUUGCCACUAGAAUACUCUGGUAAGCUGCCUCAUGUUGUUCCCAAAGAAGAUGUUGUAGAUUCCUGUGUAUCAUAUGACCAGCUAAGGCCAAUUGAUGGGAUGAUGGAAACUCUCCGGAUGUGCCCCACAGAAAUUAUUGCUAAUAAUGAGCAGAGUAAGUCCCCUGCUGAUAAAUUGAGAAAGGAAGAGAUCUUGGAUCACAGAGCCCAGCAGAUAGCUGGGAGGGAUGUACUUCUGGAUACUACCUAUAACAAACCUCAGGUGCUUAUUGACUCAAAUCAUGUCAAGCAGACUGAAGUGCUGCCUACCUCAAUUGAAGGUUCUUAUGUGUAUAAUACUCGACUGAUGGAUUCAUAUGAGGUUACACAACUGCCUAUUUCAGGUAACCAAGGAUCAUAUCCACAAUCAAAGAUUGGAGUUCAUCUCUUGGAUUCUGAUGAGUUUAGUUAUGGAAACCCUGCACCCUCAGGUUUUGAGCCAGGCUAUGCACUGGAUAGAAUUCCCCCUGUUGUUGGAUGGAAAAAUGAUGCUUCACGAUUACAACCAAAUAUUGGUCUUCCUGAAAUGGAAGCUGCAUCUAAUGUGCCAUCUUCUGUUGCAUCAUCUGGUAGACUUGGAGAUAUUCAGGAUUCCUCAAAUUCACUAUUCAGCAAUCAGGAUCCUUGGACUUUAAGGCAUGAUGCUCAUCUUCCUCCUCCUAGGCCCAGCAAAAUUCUGACUAAAAAAGAAGCCUAUGGAACUAAGGAUCUUUUCUGCGAAAACCAAAGCAAUGCUGGAGAACUAACUAGUGAUGGAUUGCUGGGCGAUGCAUCUUCCCAGACACUGUGGAAUACGAAGAAGGAUAUUCAUUCAGAGCAAGUUCCAUCAUCAAAAGGCUCAGCUGAGGAACACAUCAAGCAAGAACUUCGGGCUGUUGCUGAGGAUGUAGCUGCCUCUGUUUUCUCAUCGGCUACUACUAAUCCUGAUUCAUUGGUCCAUGAAAGAAAUGAAUCAGCUUAUGAAGCGAGUCAACACAAGGAAGUUUCAAAUAAAGAUGUAGAAAUGCAGCAUGAAGCUAAGUUUGAGGAUGUUAAGAAUAAACUGCCAGAAAAGUUGAAUUUUGGAUUUCCAGUAUCAGAAGGCAUUGGGCGGUUGCAGAUUAUAAAAAACAUUGACCUUGAAGAACUGCAAGAAUUGGGUUCUGGCACCUUUGGUACUGUAUAUCACGGGAAGUGGAGGGGUACUGAUGUUGCAAUUAAGCGGAUCAAUGAUAGGUGUUUUGCUGGGAAACCUUCUGAACAAGAUCGCAUGAUAGAAGAUUUCUGGAAUGAAGCAAUUAAGCUCGCUGACUUGCACCAUCCAAAUGUGGUAGCUUUCUAUGGUGUUGUGCUCGAUGGUCCUGGAGGUUCUGUAGCAACAGUGACAGAAUACAUGGUUAAUGGUUCUUUAAGAAAUGCUUUGCAGAAGAAUGAAAGGAGCCUUGACAAGCGCAAGCGACUGCUGAUUGCCAUGGAUGUGGCCUUUGGGAUGGAAUACUUGCAUGGAAAAAACAUAGUACACUUUGAUUUGAAGAGUGACAAUUUACUUGUGAAUCUUCGAGAUCCUCACCGUCCAAUUUGCAAGGUUGGUGAUUUGGGCCUGUCCAAGGUGAAAUGUCAAACACUUAUAUCAGGUGGUGUUCGGGGAACUCUUCCAUGGAUGGCGCCGGAGCUUCUCAAUGGCAGCAGUAGUCUUGUCUCUGAGAAGGUCGAUGUGUUUUCAUUUGGUAUUGUGCUGUGGGAACUCCUAACUGGGGAAGAACCAUAUGCAGACUUGCACUAUGGGGCUAUCAUAGGUGGUAUUGUAAGCAAUACAUUGCGGCCAGCAGUGCCUGAAUCUUGUGACCCAGAAUGGAAAUCAUUAAUGGAGAGGUGCUGGUCAUCAGAGCCAUCUGAGAGACCAAACUUCACUGAAAUUGCAAACGAGUUACGUGCAAUGGCAUCAAAAAUUCCUCCCAAGGGUCAUAACCCAACGCAGCAACAGCCCCAGGUUCAACACUGAUCUGAGGCUGUUCAUGUAUGUCUUGGCUUCUGUUCUUGCCGCGUGCUACUCCUCUGGGCUGUAUAAAAAUGUGUGAUUUAUUUUGCUAAAAUUAGAGUAAGGGGAGGGUCUUAAUUUUUCUUAAUAUUUAUUAAUUUAUUAAUUUUUUUUUUUUAAAUUACUAGGAGUCGGUCUGUAGAAUAUGUGAAUUGGUUAGGUUUUACCUGUUUCUGGUUUUGUUUUAUUAUAUUGCAAUUUUUAAUCCA